AUGGAGGUCAGGGGGGCCUCAGAGGGCUUCAGGGGGCCUAGAGGGCUUCAGGGGGGCUAGGGGGCUUCAGGGGGCCUCAGGGAUUUUCCAGAGGGCCCUAGAGACUUUAGGGGGCUUCAGGGAUUUUCUAGAGGGCCUCAGAGACUUUAGUGGGGGCCUCACAGGCUUCAGAGGGCCUUAGAGGGCUUUAGAGACUUCAGAGGGGGCCUAACAGGCUUCAGAGGGCCUUAGAGGGCUUCAGAAACUUCAGGGGGCCUCAGGGAUUUUCCAUGGGGCCUUCAGAAACUUCAGGGGGCCUCAGCGAUUUUCUAGAGGGCCUCAGAGACUUUGGGGGCCUGAGGGAUUUUUCAGAGGGAUUUCUAGAUUUCAGGGGGCCUCAGGGAUUUUCCAGACGGCUUUUGAGACUUCAGGGGGCCUCAAAGAUUUUUAGAAGGUCCUUCCAGGCUUCAGAGGGCAUUUCAGGCUUCAGGGGGCCUCAGGAAUUUUCCAGAGGGCCUUCUAGGCUUCUAGAUUCAAGGAACCUCCUGAACCUCCUCCAAUUUCCAGACCGAAAAAAAAUCCGAAAAAAAUCCCGAUGUGCUUCACUACAAAGCCGGCGAUAAAGUGUUCAUCGAAAAUGCGCCGUUUCGUUUCCGACACGACGUGAAAGGCGAAUUCGGAUGUGUCGAGGCUCGCGGUUUCGUCGACACAAAUCGAUUCGAUUUUCGAUUCGAGUUGAAAGACAAAAAUGCGAGCAGGAUUAAGGUGAGCGCGCGCAUUUUAUAUGCGACAUUUUCGGCAACGAGAGAAAACAGCUGUGUGGCCUAGUGGUAUACACUCGUGCCUAACAUUCGUGGAACCCAGGUUCGAUCCCCACCCGCUGCACACUUUUUUUUGCAGAACGAGGGAAUAACCCUGGUGCGUCUCAACAAAAACGGCUCAAACCGCGCGAUUCGAAUCUACCAAUCUGGCGACGUUGGCAAUGUGCACUACCUGUUAACCAGCCGCACUGGUCGAUGUUUUGCGGAUGUGCUCAAAGAUUUGCACAAUCUCGAGCCCUACGUCUAUACGCACAUUGUUCGCGAAACGUUUUUGAGUAUUCAAGAGAUUCAUGAGGUGAAUUGUGCACAUUUUGAUAUUCAACCCAGCUCGUUUUCGUUGAGUGCCAAUACGCCGAGCAUGAUUGUUUUUUCGGGAUUUACGGCCACGGUUAGAUUGAAACUUGUUCAGGAUUAUGAUAAGGAGUGGGUAAUUUUGGGAGGGGAGAUGGAUUUUCAGAUUCCACGUGGAAUUUGGAGCAUUUUGAGCACAAACUUGCUCAAGUUUAGGCUCAAAAUGCUCUAAUUUUUUUGCAGAAAAAAAGUCCGUAUCGCUCAACCCAACCGCUUCACAUCUCGCCGUCAACACAAAGGUCAACGACUCGGAAUAGCCGACGAUUUCGAAUCAUGGAUCUAUAUGAUCUAUGAAGUGGUGCACGACAAAAAAUUGGAAUGGGCAACAGCCACCAACAAUUUGGAAAUGCUCUACAAAAAAUGGCUAUUCCUCAAAGAAUAUACAGCUCCGCCAAUCAACAAAGACGCAGAGAAAAAGAUUCGAUAUAUGAUUGAUGUUAUUUGGUCGUGUAAUGCUUAUAAUACAGCAGAUGUUGAUGGGGUUUUGAGUGCGUUGAUCAAGGAAUGGUAUGAUACAUCGUAUCAAAAUGGGAAGAAAAUGCCGUGGGAGAAGUGA